AUGUUCAACCCGACAUUGAUUGUUCAACGCGCCGAGCCGUUGACUUGGAUGUGGCUAGCGGCAUCUGAAUUCUUUGCUCAUCCUUGGACGGGCCCUGCGAUCAUUCCUCCCAUUGUGGAGGAAUUCGAGCGACUAGAACAAGAGUCGAUAAUAGCCAAGGCUCAGUCCAAGUCUAAGAAGCGCCCUGCAUCGACUCCAGAGAAUCCAAAAGGUGCCAAGGCACACGAUUCGCGCCCGUCUCCCUCUGCCCCGAUGCAAACGGAACUGACGCCACCAAAGGGUCCGUCCAAACCCUACCAACGAACUCCACCUUCGGAUGCCACUCCUCCUCGCCAACAAGUGGUCAUGUCUGACGCCGUUCACGUCAUUGCCGGCACCCCAACAGGAACACAGGAAGCCAGUGUUCCAGCUGACGACGUCGUGGUAGCCAACACCCACCGUGGGAGGACCAGUGCGGAAAAUGGAGCAGAGGACCACAAUAGUGCCCCGACCUACAGGGACACUGAUGCCGCUCUCCCCGCUCCCACGGUUCCUCUCACCACCGACGAACGAUUGAUGCGCCUUCUCGCUGUCCAUUGGAAUGCCUCUCCCUUUCGGCACAUUACCAUCUUCAACGUGUCCAUUGUUUUUGAUUGGCAGGGCGUCGGUUCGUCCGAAUUCAAUCAAGUCCAGACUGCCUACACUGCCUUCCAUCAGUUUGCUUCCGGUAUCUGGGGCAAGACCACUUCCAAGGUCGUCCUUCUACCUUUUGCUGAUGGCCGAUUCACCCGACAACAACUGUGGAUCCGGAACUUGAAGGAGUUUGACGAAAAAGCCAAGGAUUGGGCCCACCUGAAGAUCUACCUCGAUCCCAACUUCGGCAAUCCUUACAUCCUCAACAAACCUGGGAAGACUGGGUCCAAGACCUACAAGACUCGCAUGCGGUUCGGGAUGGACACUGCCCCUCCCAUUCUCAUGCAAGAACUUCGCGUCUUGUCCAGUGAGCCUCGGGCGGGCGUCUUCCCAACUCCAAUCCAGGUUUCCCACAUGGUCCGGCUUGGCUUCCUCCCGUUGCUCCCACAAGAAUUGGCGAUUGCCUUCGCUCGCGAGGCCGACCUGAUUUUGGCUGCAAACUUGGACCUACGUAAGCCCAGUUGUGCUGUCUUCCAAGCACCGACCCAUUACACCAGAGAUUGGCAGGCGGCGAAAGACGAAUUGGUCCUCGGCAAACAGUGCCCACAGCUUCAGUCCUUGAUCGAAGCCAUGCGGGAAAGGACUCGGGCGACGCGGGCUCACCCUCCUGCGAUUCCUUCUUGGGGUUGGGCCCCGGAAUACAUUUACAUUGAGGGUGACGAACAAGUCCUACUGGAGGCACUGAAGAAGGGAAAGCUACGGGUGAUUAGCGAUGGCUCCUUCAAGCAACAAGUGGGCACAGCCGCAGUCCAGCUACGGACUAGACGCGGAGGGCACGUCAUCUGGAUCAAAUGCCGUACUCCUGGUAAACGAGAGGACCAGAGUGCGUACCGGAGCGAACUUAUCGGUUUGUUAGCUGGUAUCUUGGUGACUUCCUGGCUCCGCUUACGCCUACAGUCCCUCGCCAAGCCACGAGUCCGUGUGGCGUGUGAUGGGAUUGCCGCACUUUGCCAGGCCUUCUCGACUUGGCCGCUGUCUCCAACCGCCCCACACUUCGAUCUCUUGUCCUCCAUCCGCGAGGCCCUCCGAGUUUCCAACAUAUCCUGGGCCGAACAACACGUGGACGGCCAUGCUGACCGAACCAAGACAUGGCGACAGACGUCUUGGUGGGAACGCCGGAACUCCGAAGUGGACGACAUUGCCCAGGGCUACGCCGACGAGGUGAUCUCCACCGAGAACAUGAUCGCCACCAACCCCAAGUUCUUCUCUGAACCCUGUGCGAUCUACAUUGACAAUGAGAAGGUCUCCUGCCUGGCCUUGGAAUCGGUCGACGAAGCCGUUGCCCUGCCAGAAUUGAUGGAAUACUGGGCAGCCAAAGGCCGCCUCGCUCCCGAGCACUUCCGAUUGGUGGACUGGCCGAUCGUGCACCGAGCGAUGAAGUCUCUGAAGCCCGCCGAACAGCGCUUCAUCACAAAACACACCGUUGGGAUGUGCGGUGUCAGCAAGUUCCGUAAACGAUGGGGUCUCGACUCCGAGAACCGAUGCCCCUUGUGCGGACUGGAGGAAGACCACCUACACGUCCCCCGCUGCCCUUCCGUCCGGGCCAAGACCCAGUGGCAACUCCUACUCCAAGAACUCCAAGAAUGGUUCCAGUCCACCACCACUGCUACAUCGCCCAAUUCCUCGGGACCCUUCUUUGCACCAUCCGCACCCCUAACAACCAGCCUCAAACAGAGACUCCGUGGUACCGCCUCCACGGCAUGUCUUCUUCCGCCCUCACCCAAGUCUGUGAGGCUCAACUCCGCCUUGGCCCCCAAUGUCUCCUCGAAGGCCUUCUCGUCCACGGCUGGGCCAACCUCCAGCAACAAUUCUACCGCUCUCGCGGUAGUCACCAAUCCGCGCGCGACUGCUCUCGAUCGACGCAUCCACGAAGAGUUUGAUAUGGGUCUUCGCGACCUGCCUCGGAACCUUCGCCCUGCUAUCCGUCGAUCCCGCCUUGUGGAAGUCCUCCAACUCCUACUGGCGGACAAGGAGGAAUGGGUCCUCGUCAUCUCUGAAGCCCGCCGCAAAAUCAGACGAUCUCUUGCAGGCAGGCGACGAUUGAUGUGGGAACUGACCCACCCUACUCCUCGCCCAGCAGCCCCCUGA